AUGCAUGUGAUCAAACGUGACGUUGAUUCGAAACAAGUCCGCCCGGGCAGUCAUGUCCAUGAUCUCCGGAAGCUCUACCUAUGCACCAUCACGACCAGGGAUAUGGGUAGCAGCAAGACCUACAGCACCGGUACUCAGCUGCACAGUCUCCUUGACAUCCAGUCCGGCAAGAUGAAGGUGCAGUUUAUUGGUGUUAUGAAAAGGCUCAACCGUGGUCUCAAUGAGGAAGCCUCACACAACUCCGCUAUCUUCGAUCUGGCCUCGUGA